CGACCCGAAAGUGCAGAUUUUUAGGUGAAGAUUCCAUGAAAUUUAACGAGUUUUGAUGUGCCCAAUUCAUCGGAUUUAGCCCGAAAUCUUACCUUUUUUUGACCCGAAUUUGACGAACGCUUCUUCCUUUUCUUCUCUAUCCAAAUUUCUAGGCUCUCGACGGCAACCCUCUUCUCUUGCCUACCUCUCAUCGGAAACGAAACGGGAUCUAGGGUUCAACCUUCAUCUUCACGCCGUACAACUGCUGCAAAUCCAAUUAGGUCUCGAGUCAUUUCCAGCACUUUCUAUUGUCACCUGAUCACCUCUUGACUGAAGCUAGACUAUUGCCAUUCCCAAAAUUUAAGUCUCACAAAUCCUGUAAAUAAUCUUGAGCAAAACAAUAAAUACAAGAUCUCAUUGAUUAAGUGAUAUAUGACAACAAGCUGACCACAAUAAUGAAUUAUUCAUCUGAUGAGGAUGACAAGCCCUUGGUUUUCAAAAGGAGCUCAAAUUCUGAUAGAUUGAAGCAUUCCUCUCAACAGAAGCCAACUUCCAUUAGUAAGCAGGAGAACCCUGUGGCUAAACCUGUUGCUAAACCUGUGGCUAAACCUUUAGCUAGACCUAUUGUUAAACCUCCACCUAAACAAAAGAGUGAUUCAGAGGAUUCUGAAGAUGAUAAACCAUUAAGUUCAAGAAUUUCAGUUGUACCUAAUAAGCCGAAUUCCAACCAUUUGAAAAUAACACCAAACCCUAACCCUAGUUCAUCUCAACAUCCCAGACCACAAGUGAAACAUGAAGAUUCUAAGGAUGAAAAACCUUUAUCUUCAAAAUUUACAUCCAAGCCAUCAAUUGGACCACUUAUCAGAAAACAUGAUGAUUCUGAUGAUGAUAAGCCACUAUCUUCAAGAGUUAACCAAAAUGGUUCUGCAUCAAGGGAUAAUCAAAUCAAAAAACCGAAUCUUGGAUUAAAUAAAAGACCCCCAAAUGAGGAAAGAUCUUCAAGUCAACCAUUGGUCAAAAAGCCAAAGCUUUUAGAUUCUUAUUCACCCUCACCAAUCAUUCGGAAACCAGAAAUGAAACCAAAAGCCGAGUCAUCAGAUGAUGAGAAUGAUCAUGUUCCCAUAUCUCAGAGAAUCAAGAACCAAUCCCCUUCAAGUAGUAAAUCAGUAUCUGUAAAAAAGGUGAUGAAAGUUACUUCUUCAUCAAGUAAAACCUUCAAGAAGUCAAAGAAAGUGGAGAAAAAGUCAAAAUACUCCAAACCCUCAAAGGUUCCACCUGGAUCUGGUGAAGGGCAAAAGUGGACAAGUUUGGUUCAUAAUGGUGUAAUUUUUCCACCUCCAUACAAGCCUCAUGGGGUUAAGAUUCUCUACAAAGGGAAGCCUGUUGAUUUAACACCUGAACAAGAAGAGGUGGCAACAAUGUUUGCAGUGAUGUUGGAUACUGAUUACAUGACAAAACCUGUGUUCAAACAAAAUUUCUGGAAUGAUUGGAGGAAGAUAUUGGGAAGGAAUCAUACAAUCCAGAGUUUAGAGGAUUGUGAUUUCAAACCAAUAUAUGAUUGGCAUCAAAGGGAAAAGGAAAAGAAGAAGCAAAUGACUACAGAAGAGAAAAAGGCGAUAAAAGAAGAAAAAAUGAAGCUUGAGGAGAAAUAUAUGUGGGCAAUAGUUGAUGGUGUUAAAGAGAAGGUUGGAAACUUUAGGGUGGAGCCACCUGGGUUGUUUAGAGGUCGUGGGGAGCAUCCGAAGAUGGGAAAGCUGAAAAGUCGUAUCCGUCCUUCUGAUAUCACAAUAAACAUUGGCAAGGGUGCCCCUAUCCCGGAAUGUCCAAUUCCUGGUGAAAGCUGGAAAGAAAUUAGGCAUGAUAAUACUGUAACAUGGUUAGCAUAUUGGAAUGAUGCUAUAAAUGGAAAGGACUUCAAGUAUGUGUUCUUAGCUGCCAGCAGUGCCCUCAAGGGUCAAAGUGACAAAGAAAAAUACGAAAAGGCAAGGCUGUUGAAGGGAUACAUAGGAGGCAUCAGACAAGCUUACACUAAAGAUUUUACAAAUAAAGAUUUGACAAAGAGACAGGUGGCAGUUGCCACAUAUCUCAUUGAUAAAUUAGCACUCAGGGCUGGAAACGAGAAGGAUGAUGAUGAAGCUGAUACAGUUGGUUGCUGCACAUUGAAAGUAGAAAAUGUCGAGCCACAGCCUCCAAAUAUCCUCAAGUUUGACUUUCUUGGUAAAGAUUCAAUAAGAUACCAAAACGAGGUUGAAGUUGAGCCACUUGUGUUCAAAGCAAUUCAACAGUUCCGAACAGGGAAGAAGAGUAAUGAAGAUCUUUUUGACAAACUUGAUACAAGCACAUUAAAUGCUCAUUUAAAAGCACUAAUGCCUGGCCUUACAGCUAAAGUAUUCCGUACAUAUAAUGCAUCCAUCACAUUGGAUGAUAUGUUAAAUAAGGACAUGAGUAGUGGUGGAAAUCUUGCUGAAAAUGUAGUUGUUUACAACCAAGCAAACAAAGAGGUGGCAAUUAUUUGUAAUCAUCAACGCAGUGUUUCAAAGUCUCAUAGUGCACAAAUGAUGAGAUUGAAUGAGAAAAUAGAGGAACUCAAGGGUGUUGUGGAAGAACUGGAAACUGAUUUGGGUAGAGCAAGAAAAGGGAAGCCUCCAUUAAAGGGUUCAGAUGGAAAGCUAAAGAGGAACAUGAACCCUGAAGCGUUACAGAAAAAGAUCGCUCAAACUAAUGCAAAGAUUGAGAAAAUGGAACGUGACAAAGAGACAAAAGAAGAUUUGAAAACAGUUGCAUUGGGAACUUCAAAAAUCAACUAUCUUGAUCCUAGAAUAACAGUCGCAUGGUGUAAACGUCGUGAAGUUCCAAUUGAAAAGAUAUUUAACAAGUCUUUAUUGGCGAAAUUUGCUUGGUCGAUGGAUGUGGAUCCAAGCUUCAGGUUCUGAUACCUACCCAAAAUUUAUAUAAAAAAAAAGGACAAGGAAACUAUAGAUUUUUUGUUUUUUGUUUUAUUUAUUUGUUUUCCAUUUUAUGUUGUCACUCUUGCGGAAAAUUCAUGUUGUACUAAGCAUGCUAUACAAUGUAAUGAUGAGUUGUUGUUGUGUUACUGACCAUU